GAGAGAGAGACAGAAGAGACACCGUUCGUGUGACUAGAGAGAGAGAGAGAGAGAGAGAGAGAGCUACUUUUGGUAGGAGUAGUUCAGUCUUUAACUUCGAAAAUGGGGGUCAGUCUUUUCUUGUUUCUCCUCUUAUCUUCUUUAUUUUGUUCGGAUUCCAAGCUAGGAUUCUUUUUAGUUGCUUCAAAAUUGAAUUUCUCUUUUUGAGCAAAAAAGAGCUUGAAGAUCAGUGAGCUGUAUUACCUGCGUUUUGUCAGAUAAUUACACUCUGGGUUUUACCGUGGCUUCCUUUUUCAUGGCAAUUCUCUCCAAAUCUGUAUGACUGGCCUUGAGUAACUCCCAUUCUCACUAUCUGAAGCAACAUGAAAUUAGGAUCAAAGAAAGGAUGGAAACCAAAUGUGCCAUUGCGAUUGAGGGGCAAAUCAACUACUCGUUUUUGCAUAUUUCCCAAAAUCAAACCCACUAAUUAUGGUCCUGGCAAUACACCGGUUUAUCUCAAUGUGUAUGACUUGACACCAAUGAAUGGCUAUGUCUAUUGGGCUGGUUUUGGCAUUUUUCACUCUGGUGUUGAAGUUCAUGGGGUGGAAUAUGCCUUCGGAGCUCAUGACUAUCCAACUAGCGGCGUCUUUGAGGUUGAACCUCGGCAAUGUCCAGGCUUCAAGUUUAGAAAGUCGAUACUUAUUGGAACUACGCGCUUGGAUGCUGUCCAAGUUCGGGAGUUCAUGGAGCGCCACUCGGCAAGCUACAAUGGUGAUACGUAUCACUUGAUCGUCAAGAACUGCAACCAUUUUUGCAAGGAUAUUUGUUACAAGCUAACUGGGAAACCAAUUCCAAAAUGGGUGAACCGCCUCGCAAAAUUAGGUUCAACCUUCAGUUUUGUACUACCCGAAUCGCUUAAAAUUUCUGCCGUGAGACACGAUCCGAGUUAUGAAGCUGGCGAUGGCGAGAAGAGAAGGUUAAGAAGUGCCUCCAGUUGCCUAUCGUCGAUCUCAACAAGGCAAAGGCAGCUAUCAACUUCUUCAUUGUUUCUACAAUCACCCUUAAAAGGCUGCUUUUCCUCCCUGGGAAUUCAGAAAGUAUAACAACGGAUCACACCAAAAGUAAGCAAAGGCGACCUUUUGUUGGUAUUUUUUGGGAAAUCUGUGAAGCAAGAACUAGUUGGAGGGUUAGGGUAUGCAAGUACUGGAAGCUUUGCUAGGGAGCAAAUUUGUAAAAUUUGUGUUGUAACUAUCAUCAUGAUGAUGUAUUUUCUGUCAGUACUAGGCGUAGGUUGUGGAGUCAGGCCUUUUUAUACUUGUAAGAGUUAACAUUCUGUUCUGUUGUUGAGAUUCACUUGUGAUAAUCAAUUCUUUGGAAGAGUAGACUGCGUCGAAA